GCACUGAUCUCUAUCAUUACCUUUACUUAUAUAGCCUACAACACUGAGUACUUUUAAUUAAUACCUGUGUGGGCGAGAUAUACCUGAGUGAGACACCUGUGACAUGACAUGAACACAUAUACGGUACAUAAAUAAAAAUCGUGACCUGUUAAAAUGAAUGUAGGAAAACUAGGGGCCCGGGGAAAACCAUCUUGCAAUAUCCUAAUCGUGAUAAUGACGUAAUUAACAUAUAUAAAAGUGAAUAUUAACCCUCAGUACCAUUGCUUAAUAUCCGUGAGUGAGAUACUGUACGUGACGUGACUUACACACGUACGGUCCAAAUAUCAAACUCUGCCCUGUUAAAACCAUCUCACAAUAACCAAACCGUGAAAAUGACGUGAAUUAACAUAUAUAAAAGUGAAGUACCUUUGAUUAAUACCCGUGAAAUACCUGUACGUGACAUGACUUAGACACGUACGGUCCAAAUAUCAAACUCUGCCCUGUUAAAACCAUCUCACAAUAACCAAACCGUGAACAUUACGUGAAUAACCACCUGGAAAAGUGAAUAUUAAUGCCAGUAAUGAAGAGCUAUUGAUCAUGCGCCUGUGUCCCCCCCUCAAUGUGGUCAAAAAUCUCUUGGGCCACCACAGAGAACGGUCACAGGAUGCCACCUGCUAACUUAUAAUACACUGCUAAACUAUCAUUAUGGUGCUACUUCCCUUAGUGAGUGUGGCUUCUCUAGGCCUAUAGCACCAUUAUAAGGGCUCAGGGUGAUGUGUGGAGGCGUGUGGGUGUCCUGGGGCAGCCUCUUGGUCUUGGUAUGGGUGGUGGGUCAUGCAGGUCAAUUAGCGGCCUGCACACCCACCUCCACCUCCUUCACCUCCACCUCCACCUUCUUCGCCUCCUCCACCUCCACCUCACAGCCACACUCCACCACUACACAUAAAGAAGGAACUGUGAGGGAGGUGCUGGCAGGGAGGCAGGUCUACAGCUAUCGCUCGUACAAAGAUGUUCAGAUCUUCCACUUCUCAGUCCCCCCUCAUGUAUCGCUGUCGGUGUACAAUUUCACUGCCAAUGACUCCCUGGCAUGUGAACCUCGCAACAUCACUAUUUUUCUUCAAGCCCAUAGCUACCCUGUCAUCAACCCAGAUGGAGCCAUGUAUCCACCUGGACUCUGGGUGAAUCGCUCCAGGAUGUACGAGGCUCACCUGCGAUCUGACCUAAAACCUGCUUUGCUAUCCGUCCAUUACCCUGUGGCUGGUGAUUGGUUCAUGGUUGCCUUCAUUGAUGAGGCAUCUAAUCGAAUUACUCAAGCAGGGUUGUUUCCGUCAUGCCACUCUUGGCUGCAGGCAACGGCGACCCACCAGCAACAAGGGGAUGUUACAACUAUUGUGCCUGAGAUUCACUCCUACCAAGACAUUCAGCUCUUACAGAAGAUUAAGGACUUACACUACUACAGGUUUUAUGUGCCAUCAUCAGCCUGGGUGGUGGCGGUAAUCAUCAGCAAUUGUAUGGAUGUUGAAAAUAACACCGUGUCCUGCCCCAUUGAUGUUGCCUUUAGAGCUCGAGCACUGCCAGACACUGAAUCCAUAGAGACAGUGUUCCACACAUGUUCUAAUGGAGCAGCCGAAGACUCAUGUACAGCGGAGUUCAUCCCGGAGGAGGAAGCUUGGCAUUACCUUCAACUUACAACAAGCAUAGAAGCUCAGCUCACUAUAGCUGUUAGACUUCAUUGUUGUGAUGACGUGAGGGACAGCAAUCAUCUCUUAGGCAAGGAGAAUUUAGACCAAGUGUUCCCAGAGGAGUCCAGCGCCCUCCUUGAUGGUACAGCUUUCACUAUGUUCAACAAUGAUUCAGAGUUCAUCAAUGCCAGCAUCCCCCAAGAUGACAAUGAACAGCCAGGACAUAUCAUUGUAGUGCCUGCAACCAAACCCAAUCACAAUGCUGCAGGGAGCUGUUGGCCAAGACACAACUUAGUUAAAAAGACAUUCGGUGGAAACUUCGUCUUUGAGUACGAUCUGCCACCGAAUGAGAAUGGUUCCGUUCCUCUGUUGUUGGACAUCAGCAAUAGGUCGCCAACAAUCCUCACCUUUAAUCUCGAGUCAGUCACUGAUAUCGGAGGAACCCUUGUAGUUGAGCUGGCUAUUUCCCCUUUUAUAAACAGUAACAUGACUCAGAAUAUCAGUAUUUCUGGAUGCAUCACCCUGGGCAUAAGAGAAGAGCCUGACGAGGAAGGAGAGUGCGCACGGGGCCAUCAGGUAUUAGUGAACACGUCCAGCCACUUCACCAAGGGCCUGAGUGUCUCCAUCCCCUUCCCUGAGCCUGGCAUGUGGUACCUCACCCUCAAGCCAUGGUGCUACUUAUUGAAUGCAAGUGAGUCGGUGGAGUGCAGCGAGGCAGACACUUCCAUACUUUUUCACAUCUCGUCUGCCUCGUGCCUGGAUGGGAAGUGUGGGACGUACGGCUCCUGCUACCAGUACAUAUCUGGAGGCUUCAUUUUCUCCACUUGUGUGUGUGAUGCAGGUUAUCGGGGCUGGGGGUGUACAGACGACUCUCAGGCCACACCCAACUGGGAGCUCCUUCUGUCCACCCUGCUGCUCACCCUCUCAAACCUCUUCUUCCUGCCGGCCGUCAUCCUGGCACUGAGGCGGAGGUACUUUGCUGAGGCGCUAGUGUAUGCCUUCACCAUGGUCUUCUCCACGUUUUAUCAUGCGUGUGACCAAGAGGCGUACGUCUUCUGCCUGAUGCGGCUGAGCGUGAUGCAGUUCUGUGACUUCUACUCGGCCAUAUUCUCCUUCUGGGUCACGCUCAUCGCAAUGGCAGGCCUUCCUCACUCUCUCUACUCCCUUCUACAUGUAGCGGGGGCCAUGAUUGUUGCCCUGGGCGUGGAGUACGACAGAACUGGCUUGUGGGUGUUCGUCGUCCCAUCUGUCUCGGCCUUUCUGGUGAUGGUGUCUUCGUGGAUCUGGCACUGUAAGCUGCAACAGAGCUGCUACCCCAGCAAACAGUACUGGCUGACGUCUCUCCUCCCGGGAGUCUUGCUGGCCGCCUCGGGGCUCAUCUGCUACGCCUUCUUCGAGACCCAUGACAACUACUAUUACGUGCACUCUAUAUGGCAUGCCACUAUGGCCCUUGCUAUCCUUUGUCUGCUACCUCCCCGGAGAGAGAAAGAGGAGCUGUGUGAUGAUGAUGAGGAUGAGGAGCCACUGUCGGAGUGUGAGGCCCAGCCAAUCGUGGCCGAGGUGCACAGCUACUCACCCGUGCCAUGAAUUAUCUCAGACCAGUUUCGUUGUCCUGAUACGUUUUGUCAUUUUCAGUCAUUUUAGAGAGGUUGUUGAUAUGUUUGUUUUAGCUACUCAACCGUGUCAUGAAUUAUUACCUACUCGGAUAAUUUUUGCCCCCCUUGUCAUGGAUUAUUUCAGACCAAUUUAGGUAUCACGAUGUUUUUUCAGUUUCAGUUAUUCUAGGGAGGUUGUUGAUGUGUUCUUUUCAGCUACUCAUCUGUCAUGAAUUAUCUCGACCAAUUUAGUUAACCUGAUAAUUUUUUGUCCCUUGUCAUGGAUUAUUCUGUUACGUUUCAUCAUUUUCAGUCAUUUUAGGGAGGUUGUUGAUGUGUUUGUUUCAGCUACUCAACUGUGUCAUGAGUUAUCUCGACCAGUUUAGUUAACCCGAUAUAUCUUGCCAUUUUCAGUCAUUAUAGUUAGGUUGUUAACAUGUCCAUUUUAGUCACUUACUUACCCAUGCCAUGAAUUAUAUCAGACCAAUUUAGUUGUCCCGAUAUUUAUUGUCUCUGUUUUAGUCAUUUUAGUGAGUUCGUUGAUGUGUCUGUUUUAGUGUGUGUUUUAUAUUGUAUCCGGAGAACAUAUGUUUCUUUUAUGAGUGCUUGCUUUUGUGUUGUCUGAUAUUGAGUCAGUAUUAUUCAUUAUUUAUUUUACACAAGGUGAGGUGAAUAUGGUUUAUACUCUUCAGCUUUAAAUAUGAUCUUGUGUUGAUUCUCUUUGUGCAUUUUUUGUGGGCACGAUUUCUUGUAAGCUUCAUGUGGGCAAAAAUUUCAGAGUUGCAAACGCUUGUAUAAACCCAGAACUAAAACUUUUGGGAUACAUCUGUGUGCUGUACAAGGUUCAGGAUCUUUCUCUCACUUAGGGUUAUUUUUUCCCAGAUAUGAUUUUGUCUAUUUUUAUACUUUACGACAAAAAAAAGAUAUAUAAAUAAUUAUCAUUCACAUCAUCAUUUUGCUCUACAAUGUAUAUCAACAUCACUAUCACCUUCAUUAUCAUCAUCGUCACUGUCAUUAAGGAUGUAUAGUGUCCUUUAGAAGCCGAGUGAAGAGUAAAAAAAGAUGUGUAACCAUUUCGACAAGUGUUACGAGGAAGGAAAGUUCAGGGGAGUACAGCACCUUACAUCCGCUACCUGUCUAGUAUAGCAGCCAUGUCCUUCUUACCAUCUGUGUCAUGCAGUGGAGUGUAGAAUCCCCAUCUUUCAGUCUUAUCAAUGUAUAGUGAUAAUAAUAAGGAUGAUGAUAUACUGCACCAUCAUUAUAUUGUCAGAAAGCAAAGAUACAACCCUGAUUUUCGUGUCCGAGGGAAAGAGGCGCGAAGACUUGCCAGAACAGUCUCAGGGAACCCAACCAUUGGCCUCUGCUGUCAGCCAAUAUACCCAAUGACAUAUACACGGUCAGGCAACCAUAUCGCCCAGCCCCAGUGUCCUGUGUUGAAGGAGAUGUGUCCCUUUCAGUUGCCUCGUAUUACAAACAGUGGGAUGCAGAGACAUAAAGAUAAUGAAAAUAGCAAUCUUUUAUUAUUAUUGCUGCUAUUAUUGUAUUUGCCACUAUUACUCCUAUUAACGUUAUCAUUAGUAAUGCUUAUCACUAUGUUGUCGUACGAGGGAUGUAGGUCCUAUGAAAUGAGAUUGUGGUUAGGAUGUGAAGUGUAUCAAUAGGGUGAGAGAGUUGGAAGUAGCAGGACUGAGUGUGCUGAGAGGGAGUGCCAUAACAGGGAGGGAUGGAGACACUUCUGCCACGGCUACCCCCUGGAGGGAAGCUCUUGUGUGGAAGCAGGGUGUCGGAGAUAUAGAUAGAGAUAGGGGUUAGGCUCUUGUCCCCCCUUCAGCUAUUAUAAGCCUAGAACACUCAUCAGAAUGGUUACAUGGACUUUUUAACACUCCUCCUUUUUUACACCUACUCUGCGGGAUAUCUAAUCUGGUUAUCGUUAUUAUUAUUUAUUGUUAUUAUUUCCUAGUUAUAAUUAUCAUCAUCAUUGACUCCACUUCAUACAGAGGCACAGUGGGGAGGCCAUUUUGACGAGUAUUUACGAGGCACGGUCUAGUCCUAACCUCUCCUUUCUUUGCCCCAUCUCUGCAAUAGGCUCCCAGCAGUCAAAAAGUUGUAAAGGUUAGCUGACUGGCUUUACUUUCACAGAUAGUGCAUAACAAAUGACCAUCUUGACCUAAAGUAGCGAUUCCACACUGUGAACUGUACAAGACAUGAGGCAUUGUUUUUUAUACACAGGAGUAACUUUGGUUUCCCCAUUGUUCAUUCCAAAACUCCAUCCAAGACUUGACUGAACAGCAAGAGGAAUUAAGUAGCUUAUGGGAUAUCUUACGACUCAAGCCUGGCUUCUCAUCAGGAGCGAGUGUUGUGUAUGCUGUAGUACAAAUACUAGGGAACAUGUCAGUGUGUCACUCUGUAGCAUCACAGUCGUAGCACUCAACAGUUUUUAAAAAGAAAUAUGGUCAAAGUCUCAUGUUUUCAUCCUCCAUAGCUGGUCUAGUUCUAGUAGGCCACAAGGAAGAGGGAAUAUUAUAAUGUACUUUCAUACUAUAUUUUAUUGUCAUAAUAGUAAACAAUUUAGGAAUAUUCCAAAAAACAUUAUUUCCACUUGAGAGGUAGGUGAACAAGUGGCUGCUGGAACAGCAGUAUAUAUUAAGAGAAUCAUUUUCUAUGAUUACACACAGCAGCCAUUGUAGGCACAGGCUUGAAGUGGUGAUGUGUUUUAUAAAAGGGUAUUUUUUGUGUGGUUUCAUCAGAAUGAUCAGGUUGUUAUGGCUCUGGAGCUUUUCAACCCAAUGGUCCUUCGUGAUGACUGCCUACCAGUUCAUCUUGGGUUUUAACUGGUCCAUGUGAGGAUCAGACCUGUGAUUUACUGAUGUCCUGACUUAUGUUUGUGUGCUUUAUGUUAUUUAAUUUCUUUGGAGUUGUCAUGUACAUGUGUAAAUCUGAGCAUAUGCAUAGAAUAUCUAAUUGAACUGAAUGAUUGUUUAAUCUAGCACCAUGGGCUGUCUUCCUGUCAUAUAUGCUGUCUCAUUAGUAAUAGAUGUACUGAUUCUGCCUCUGUUGUGAUGCCUCAUGUGGUGCUGCAGUACAGGCAGUCUUACUAUCAUACAUGCUAUCACUGUU